AUGCCCAAAGUCCUAGUCGUAGGCGCGUCGCGAGGGUUGGGUCUCGCCCUUGUCGAAGAGCUUCGAAGCCGAUCCUCAAUCAGUGUUAUCGCCACUGUGCGCGGCUCUAUCCCGCUCGAAGGCAUCGACACUCUUACUGAUGUCGAUAUUUCUUCUGAUGACUCGAUUGCCGCGGCAGCGCAGCACCCUCUUGUGAAGGAGCUCGACGUGAUCAUCUACCUCUCUAUCAACGUCGUCAGUCCACACCGCGUUGUAUCCGCCUUCCUCCCUGCGCUCCGAAAAGGUGAAGACAAGAAGAUUGUUUUCAUCUCCUCCAGGGCUGGGUCGCUGCACACUCAGAUUGGCAACACAUUUGGCUUCAUGGGGCCAUACACUGUCACCAAGGCUGGAUGCAAUAUGCUGGCGGAAGGAUUCAUCAUAGUGCCAGUGCACCCGGGAUGGGUCGCAACUGAUAUGGGCAAGCUCUUGGGAGGAGGAAUUGAACCAAAGGAUAGUGCGCAGGGAAUUGUGCGUGUCGUGGAAGGGCUGAAGAGAGAGGAUAGUGCAAAGUUUUUCCAGUUUGACGGGACUCUGCUGCCGUGGUAG